AAGACGAAGGAGAAAGAUAUACAUGAGCAGUGGAAAAGAGAGAAGUGAGAAAUGGAGGGAGAGGGAGAAGUGAUAUAAAGAAGGGAGAAAAUAAAGAUUGAGUGGAGCUUGAAGAAGAAGAAAAAAGAGAAAACGAGUGAGGCUGUGGAGCAGAAGAGCAGGAUGAGAGGAAGUACGCGUCUGUCAGCGUAGGAUUCCCUCAUCAGCGUGGAAAGCCGUGCCGCAUCUGACAGGCCCAGGAGAACGAUUACAGUGAAUCCACCAUGCAAAAGCAGGUUGGGACGGCCCCAUCUUCUCGGGGUCCUAGUGCCCCAGGAUCUCCAGCUACGUCUAUUGUGGCCAGAAUGGAUAAUGAGGUGAUUGGUUAUAAGGACUUAGCAGCAAUUCCAAAAGACAAAGCCAUCCUGGAGGUGGAGAGGCCCGACCUCAUGGUAUAUGAACCUCAUUUCAGCAUGUCAGCUUUGGAUCGUAUCAGUCUGUCCAGGAGCAGGGAGAGAUCAAUGUCACCUCAUUCCAUCUCUCCUCCACCUUCCCCAGAGAUAUGCAGCUCUAAAGAAAAGGAGUGGGUGGAACAUGACUCGCCUACCACAUCUGCCAUGGGAUCAACCGUGCAGCUCCGCAAAACAAGCACCUCAUCAAAAGGCCCCUUACAGCACUUCCAUAGACCAGACAAUGGAAGCAACAUCUACAACAAGCCUCCCAUUUACGUGCAUGAAGGAGCAACAGCACCCCAUGCUAAAAAUAAAGAUGAUGUCAUCAUCUUGUCCUCAAAGUUCCCAGCAGCCCAGCCUCCUGAUCCCAGCCAGCCGUCUAAAAUAGAGACGGAGUACUGGCCCUGUCCUCCAUCUCUUGCUAGCAUGGAGAUCGAAUGGAGAAAGAAAGCAGCAGAGCAGGGCAAAGCUGUAGAGGACGAUGAGUAUGAGGACCUGACCGAGGACGCUAAGAGACUGCAAGAGCAGGAACUGAACAAAAUCCAGUCCAACCUGGGUAAGCUGAUCCUCAAGGAGGAAAUGGAGAAAUCAGUGCACAUCCGGAGGAAAACACGCUCACUGCCUGACAGGACACACAUGCACUUGGGUUCAUCCACUGGUGCAUCUAAAUCUGCCACUCUACCUCCUUGCAGUCGCUCAGGCCUUUCUCGGCUGCAGUCGGCUGAAUUCGCCACUAUAGAAGGUGACAAAGCCAGAACAGGAGUGCAGAACGGAGACACUCAGAGAGGGAGAAUGGAUCGAGGAAACUCACUGCCUAGCAUGCUGGAGCAGAAGGUUUAUCCAUAUGAAAUGCUCAUUGUAAACCACAGAGGGCGCUGUAAGCUUCCACCUGGAGUAGACAGAACCAGACUAGAGAGGCAUCUCGCUCCUGAAGAGUUCCAGACUUUAUUCGGGAUGCCGAUGGAGGAAUUCGAUCGUAUGUCGCUGUGGAAAAGAAAUGAACUGAAGAAAAAAGUUUCACUUUUCUAACAGAAAGGAUUUGCCUAUGGACAAAAGCAUUCUCUGAUACUAACACAGCUCAAACGUUUCAGGAUAAGUAAACCACGCAUAAUCCACUGAUAACUCACUGAUAACAUAUCAUAUGGCUUCUGUAUGUCUGUUAUAGAGUUGUGCUCUCUGUGUGCAGUAAGUCAAAAUACCAAAAUACAAAAUAAAAUAUUCGUAUGAUGUAAAGCAGAGGUCAACGAUCACAAUCCCCAGACUCCUGAAGAUUUGCCUUUCUUUAAAGCUUCCUGCUCUGUGUUUUCAUUACCGUACACCCACAUUCACCUCGUUCUCAAAUAGUGGAAAAAUGCCUCUCCUGAACUAUUGUGUCUUUGAUUUUACAUGCAAGUGAUCAGUUUUAAUACCUUCUUACAGCAUCCUCAAAAUGAACACAUUCAGCCUUACCAGUAAAAUGAGCUGAAAUGAUUACUUCAGAGAUUUACACAUUCACUUCCCCCCUGUCAAGUAUCAUACUGGUUCACACUGUCUAGUUAGCAUGCUAAUUAGCUAACAGGAUAAUGUAAAAAGCUGUCGUGCUGGUGUAGCUCCAUGGUUUCAUGUAUUAGUGUCUGUUUGGAGCUUUGCAUCAGGGUUCUAUUAGUUUUCUCCAACCUGCCAAAAACAAUGUAGGACAAGGCGAGUCUCACCUCAUGCCCAGUGGUCCUCUGAUUGACUCUGCUUGUUCUCUGGACACAGAUCUAGACAGAGUGCUUAUUGAAGAAGAACAAUUACAUGAUGAAAGCAAUACAGAUCAAUUUGUUUGUCAUGUAGAUAUGGAUAAGUUGGAGGAAUACAAUAUAGAAUACAAUACACAGACAACCGAAUGUAAGAGUUUAAGAUGAGCCAGGCUUCACCAUGGAAUCAACAGAUAAAAAACACCCCAUGAUUCUCCUCACAAUGCCUACUCACCAAAGAAAUCAGUAAUAUAACAGAAUAUUGAUUAGGCAUUAAAAUAUUUUUUUUGUGGGGUAAGCUGUCUAUCAAAAACUUUUUGCAACUCUCUAUUCCAGUUUCCACAUACCACUGCAUGAAGAUAAAGAAGGCUUAGAAAUUUGUCACAAUAUAGAAGAAAAAUACCCAAAGAUUUGUUUAUAUUGAAAACAAUUCCAUUCAUGGGGAGUGGGUUGUUGUGACCGGGAUGACUUUUGGAGACGGUAUUCAAAGGUGAAAGAUGGAUGGAUGGAUGGAUGGAUGGAUGGAUUCUUUCGUCUUAAUGCCACCUGCCAUACCGCUUGUGGCAGUUAUUUAUGGGUUCGCAUUGCCAUCACGCCACUAGAUUGUGUCUGAGCACUUGGAGGUGAAGGACCCUGCUCAAGGAUUGAACAGUGGUAACAUGGCAGUAUCAGGGCUCAAACCGGGGACCUCCUGGUCAGCAGUCCAGCAAGCCACCCCGUCCCUUCGGAGAUGACUAACUACAUUUAUUUUGUAACCAUACUUUACUUGAGUAGUUUCAUUUGGGUAUACCUCUUUACGUUUACUUCACUACAUCCUACAAAAAUAUUUGUACUUUUUAUUCACUACAGACGUUGUAUUACAGUAACAGUGUGAUGUGUAACAUUUAAAGUGGUUAUACCUGCUGACUGUUAUGAAUAAUUACAUGAUUUGACUUUCCUCUGUGAAAUGCCUAAUCAUGGAGCAGGUGUUUGACCAGCAGAUGUUAGUAACAGUAACCAAUAUGUUUCCCUAACUUCCUCAGACCAAUCAGAAUGGAGCACAACACAGAGACAUUAUCAGACAGAGGGUGAAUUAAAACCAGGAAGGGUAAAUCUUCAGGAGCAGCUUUGGUGAUCGAUAAAUAACGUAUCAUUUUAACAAUUAUUGAAACAGCUCAAUAUUACACACAAUAAAUACAAAUAUAAUUCUACAUUCAAAGAAUCUGCUUCUAAAAGCCCAGAUUAUCGCCUUAUUCCUUUUAUAUUAAUUAGAAUCUCAAAGUGCCGAGUUCAAUUUACUGUAUAACAUAGUCAUAUAUAUAAAUACAUACAUGUAUAUUUACAAAAAGUUAAUUUGUGUUACAAUCACAGAUAUGAACACAAGUCUUAUUUAUUGUCACGAAAAACAGUUGUGCCACUGUAUAAAUAUUUAUUUAUUCAUAGCCAUUUAGGUCUGCUCAUACAGUGAACCACUAAUGUAACUACAUUCUGCACAUAUACAGGUAUAGCAAAACAUCUAUUUUGUAACUUACGUAAAUUGCAUGGAUAUUAUCGUAUCUUAGCACACGUUAUUUGUGCAUCUGACUUCAGUUCUCAUGCCACGCAUUUGUAUGUCUGGGCAUUUCCUUUUCAUUUAACUUUUUUCACACAAUGUAGAAACUUUAAUGUCAGGGACACCUGAUUAUUAUAACACGUAAUAUUAUAAUGCAAAUAUACACACACGAAAUAUACCAGCCUGUUUAUCUCAGAUUGGAAUCAUGAGUGUUACGUUUUUUACAGAAAAAAAAUAGAUUCCCCCCAUGUGAAAACUGACAUUUUCAAGUUCACACCGAGUUCAAAUGCAAAACACAGCCCCACAUUCAUAGGCAAAGUAUGCAAAGAAUCCCAGAGGUUACAGGAGGAGUCAGUGAAUCUAAUUCAAUACACCUUUCGCCAAAUUUAGUGAAUAUUUCCGUCACAGGGUGCUAGUGUGUGGCGGUGGUUCACAAACAGCAUCGUCUCUGUUAAAGAAAAACAAAGAAAAUGGUGCAGACCGCGCCACACAGUACCAUUCCAGCCAAUCAGCAAGCAUCACUGCCUUUCUCAACACGCAUGAAUGAAUUUGGAGGGCGGGGUUUCUGAAUGAGCACUAAAGCGAGGGUGGCGUAUUCUUCAGUAUCUGUCUAUCUUUCCUUAGUAUGACUGACUCCUCCUUUAAAUGUCCUAAACAUAACUGCUAAAGAUUUCUUGUGGUUCAGUCCUUAAGGAAUACUUUUACUUUAAAUAUGAAUCUCCAUCCAUUCAAUCUGAAGUAUCUGGUAUAUGUACCACAGGCAAGAAUUUUUACAUAUUUUCCUGUACAUACUGAGAAGCAGAAAAUCUGCUUACUGUAAAUCGCAAACAAUGGAAGUCUAAGGUCAGUUGUUAAACAUCAAGCAUGAUUAAAGUGACAGCAUUUACAAUUUUAACAAUAAAGGUCUGAGAAUGAAACAUAAGCGAGAGUUUAAUGUUUUUUGGUUUUUCUAUCAUACCAACACUAGGGCAGGAGAGUAAAAAGUAGUUCUGGUUAUGUAAUACUUUUUGUAAUGGUUGUUUCUAUCUACGUUUUGACCCAAGAGUUGUAAAGGUUUGUUGACCAAGCAACACAGCCAGAGCAAUAGUGCUGAUGGUUCUCACAUUGGUUUAAUAUUUAGUACAACAACGUGAUUCUGAGUGUGAUUCUGCUUUUAUAUAUACAUUUUUAUUAAUAAGAAAUUAAAAUCUGACUUUUCAUACAUAUUAUAAUAUUAGUUAUGUCAGUGCAACUGACUUUUGUAAAUUCAAAAUUUGUGUUGUGAAACCACAGACGAGCAGAGUGAUCUACAAAGGGAAAUGUACAAGUACUAAAUAUCACCAGUAAUGAAGCAACUGGCCUUAGACAUUAAAUAUUUGGAGUCAACAACUUUUCCAUUUUAAACCAGAUAGUCAAAAUAAAUGUUUGUGGUAAUCGCUAAGAUCCCAAAGAUUGAAAUUUGGUCAAAAAAUACUGAAGUAUUCCUUAAUUUUAAAAAAUAUAUAUAUUAAUAUUUAGUUAUUUUAAUAAGAUUUGUGAAGAAAACAGAAUCACUAAUGGCAAAAAUAAAGCCAAAAUAGUGAAUCUGUUGUAUUACACAAUUCUAAUAAAUUUAAACAGACGAUUUAUGCUUAUUCGUUUUUUUGAGGAUUUUUUUCACAGCUAAUAACAGAUGUGUCUCAUAUUUAAAUCAUAAAAUGUUUAACAGUAAGAAAAAAAAAAGGGAAUUCAUGAGUCUGUACUGUGCUCAGUGGGAAUGUUUGCUUUGUAUCUCUUAAUUUAAUCAAAAAGAAAAAUGUUGUUUGUUGUUUUCGCACAGAUACACUUCUGGGAAGAGUUACUGUUCAAUAUUUUACUCCCCAAAAAGCCCAGAAAAUUGGGCUUAAACUACAUUUUAGACUUUUGUUAAAAUCUUUUUUUCACAUCUUUCUAAUCAUUUCUUCAUCUUUUAGACUAUUACUAGAAUGCAGUUUGUGUUCUGUACUUGCAAAAAUGUUAACUCGACGUCACUGAUCGUCACAGGCUGCUGGUAAAUCAUGUACUUCGCACUUAAAAAUGUUUCUGUUACAGCUUCAUGUGUGUAUCAUGGUCAUUUUAAUGUCAGCUCUAUAAACAUGUGUACAAAACAAAUAAAAUCAUUGUGUUUGUCCA